GAUUUUCUCGCUCUCAUCUGGAGGAGAAAAAAAUAACAAAUAAAUUGAUUUGUCAACCUAAAUAUUUAAUCAAAAUCAGCGUAUAGGAUAAGGUUUACGUUCAUUAAUUUAAUUGUUUCAACUUAAAACAUUUCGUCGAAACCCCACCGUCGCUUGACCCCAAAGGAGAAAGAGGUCAUGCUCGAAAAACGAAGAAACACCAUCCCCGAAAUCCUCGGCCCCCUCGUCGACACGCCGGACGGCCGGAAAAUGUACGAAAACUAUGAGAUCGCCUUAGAAGACGGGAUUUACACCUGCCUCACCUGCGGCUUUGUGACGGGGGCGCAUUACAAGGAAAACUGGAGACGACUCCAGGUCAUCAAGGUGCACGUCAAGGCCAAACAUUUAAACGCUUAUCGGUGUCAUUUGUGCGAGAAGAAUUUCACCACUCAUAAAUGCCAUCAGCACCACCUCCAGCGAAUGCAUCCCCCCGAAAUCACCCUCCUCCGUCUGUGCGACCUCUGCGGAAAAUCCGUCUCCAAUCUGCCCGCGCACCUCUGGCACCACAAGUCCCCCGCCGAACAACGCGAGGUCAUCCAGUCCGGCAAAGGCUUCGCAAUCCUCACGUGCGACAAGUGCGGCAAGGAAUUCAAGGGCUUCGACAAACUCGCCGCGCACCAAACGAUCGGCUACCGGUGCAAACGGAGCGACCUCCCGCGCCCCCUCGAUUCCGGGUCAAACCGGACGUUGCCAUGUCCCACGUGUCGCAAACCCGUCUUCCUUUCCAACAUCACCCAGCACGAGUGGACCCACAAGAGCGCGGAGGAAAAGGAGGAGAGCGUGCGCCUCGGGACCGCGCCCAUGGUUCCGUGUCGCAUUUGCGGCAAAUUCGUGCCUCACACGGGUUUCAAGAAGCAUCUAGAAACGCAUAAACAGCCGGAGGAGAGGACCUCCUUCCGGUGCGAGUGGGACGGGUGCAGUCGCCAGUUUUCGGGGGAGGAGUUCCUCAUCCGCCAUACGAAAAUUGACCACGAGGGGGUUGCUAUUUCCAUCGGGAGGAAAGACCGGAAAGUGGGAGAGGCCGGUUCUUUCCAGUGCCCGUACCCGUCCUGCUCCUCCCGCUUUUUCACGACGCACCCCAACCUGCAAGAUCACAUCCGUCGCCUUCACAAAUUCAAAAUCCGCGCCGAGCGCCCCAUCAAGUGCGACAUUUGCCAGGCGCGCUUCCUCAUCAACAACGACCUCACAAAACACCUCAAGAACCACCGGCCCCGCGCGGACUUCAUCCUCACGUGCCCCCACUGCCCCAUGCUCUUCGCCUGCCCCCACAUCCUGCGCAGACACCUCACCGCGGAACAUGGCGUCCCCCGGGUCACCACGGCCGAGCGGUGUCGCAGGUACAACGAGCGAAGGAAAACCCAAGCGCCACCUGGCGCGCAACCCUUCACGUGCGACAUCUGCCACGUGAGCUACCCGAUCAAAACUGGCCUCACCCACCAUUUGAAGAAUCACCGGCCACGUGACGACUACACGCUCACGUGUUCCCAUUGCCCCGCCCUGUUCGCCACGUCGAAAGGGUUGAGGUGCCAUUUGACCAAGGAACACGCGGUGCCCAAGGAGAGCAACUCAACGAGACAGAAAAUAUACCACGCGCUAAGAAAACAAGCGCGGGGGGAGAAGGCUGUCGUUAAGGGCGACAAAGUCUUACAAAAACACAUCACAAAGAUGCACUCCCUCGGUCGACUUACCACCCACAUUUGUGACCUCUGCGGAAAAACCGUGUCCAACAUCUCCGCGCAUUUAUGGGGGCACAAAACUCCCGAAGAAAAAGAGGCCGCCAUCCAAUCCGGGAAAGGAUUCUUGUCAUGCGACAAAUGUGGCAAAGAGUUUUCCGGGCAGGACCGACUCGCCGCGCACCUCACCCAAGGCAACCGAUGCAAAGGGAACAAAGACUACGCAGAAUCGGACACUUCAAACCCGUCAUACCGAAAAAUCCCGUAUCGCAUCUGUGCCCGGCCGGUCACCGUUUAUGGUCACGCGCAGCACGAAUGGACGCACAAGAACGAGGCCGAAAAGGAGGAAAGUAUUCGACUCGGGACGUCCCCAAAGGUUCGCUGUGAGAUUUGCAAGAUCCACGUGUUCCACAACGCGUACAAGGCACACUUCGAAACGCACAAGAAGCCCGAGGAAAUGGCCCAGUUCCGGUGCGAGUGGGCCGGGUGUGGGCGCAAGUUUGGGAGAAAAUAUUAUCUAAACCUGCACGUGAAAACGAUGCAUCCGCCCUCGGAUGAAUCUGGCGAAAGCUCGAGCGCCGGACUCCGAUGUCCUGAACCGUCCUGUUCUUCUCUCCGUUUUACGUCACAACCUAACCUCAAGUCGCACAUUGCUCGCCGUCACGAGAACAAGGUCCGCGCCGAGCGGCCACUCAAGUGCGACAUUUGUCGCACCGGCUUCGUCGUCCGAAUUGACAUGACCCGGCAUAAAAGGAACCACCUGCCCCCCGAGGAGUACACCCUCCCCUGCCCCCACUGCCCCAUCCUGUUCGCCAAGCCAAAUCUGCUCAGGAGACAUUUAACUAUGGACCAUUCAGCCCCCAAGGAAAACCGCUGGGCAUCGAGCGAACAAAGCCAUAUAGGGCGAAAGAAAAAUCAAGGCGUGCAAAAGCGUCUUGCAAAUGGAGAAAGCCGUCCUGCACAAUCCAGGCCAUCAUCUUCACGAGUGACGCGAUCCCGUACAAAAAUUGAGCAUAUUCCAGACGACGAAGUGGAAAUAAAGCAGGAAGAUUGUACCAUUCGAGAUGUCCUUUCUUCCGAGGAGGACGACGACGACGUGGAGGAGGCCAACAAUUAUGGGACAAAGGAUGAGAUCAAGUCUGAAGAUGAAGAUUGUGACCUCAAUAAUCGUGCCAAUUUUUCGCCAUUUAGCGAUGUAAAAUCUGAGCAUGAGAGCGACAGCGAUAUGGACGCGGAAGGUGAACACAUCGGUUUUAAAAUGUUGGCUUUUGACGGUAAUAAUUCCUAUUCUUCGGAUGAAGACGACGCUGGAGAGGAUCCCCUCAAAUUAGAAUGUGAAUAGUAUCAAUAUUUAUGUCUUGGCCAAGUUUAUAAUGCUUAAUUUAAUAAAAUGUGAUCACCAUCUCAA